AUGCACGCCGCCGCGUACUCGCUGUCGGCUGGGUGCGCCGCCGAAGUGACAACUGGCCCAGGCUUGGAGCACUUGGAGCUUGUGCUCUAUUUCUCCAAGCGUCUCUGCGCCUGGGAUAUUAUGUAUGUGAGAGGGCCCGCCGCCAGCAUUGCGGCUGCGGCGGUCGUGAUCGCUGCGGCGUACAGCGCGCUCCUCCGGCGGCGGCCGGCGCCUUCCCGGCUUGCGCUCGGCUCGUGGGGCGUGGUUGGGUCGAUCGCGACGAUCGAGCACACGCCGACGGCGCGCGAGUUUUGGACGGUCGACGUGGACGCGUGGCGGCCGCUGCUCCUCCGCGGUGCCGCUGCCGACAUGCCUGCGGCUCGGGAGUGGGAUCGCGACACACUCGUCAGCCGGUACGGCAACAGCACCGUGCGGACGGAGCGCGCCAAAGAGGACCGCGUGGCAGGGUCGCAGCGCGGCGGCAUGCCGCUCACCGAGCUGCUUCGCCGGGGCGCUGCCGGAGAGGACGUGUAUGCCAUCUCCAACGUCGCGCACCCAAUGACAGAGGACCUGACGCUGCCACCCUUCCUCCUCUGCGGCUCCGACCGCUCGACGCCAGAGAGGCUCGCCGCCCCGUCGGACGGGCCGCGGCAGACGGUCGGCUGGGCGACGCCGCUCGACGAGUUCGGCUUGUGGAUCGCCAACCUGCCGACGGCGUCGCAGGCGCGCCGCCACUCUCCUGAGCCUCGACGAACCACAGUGCACUACGACCAGACGAAUAUCCUCAACUGCCUGCUGCGCGGCGAGAAGCGGUGGCUCUUUCUCGACACACGGCAGCGCGAGGUGCAGCAGAUGCCGUGGGCGAUGGGCAACUUGCGCGGGGUCGACGGCGGCCGGCCCGUGUUUGACGGGUCUGACUUCGUCGGCAUCGACCCGGCGGCGGUCGAUUUGGAGGCGCACCCGCAGCUGUGGUCCGUCACGAUGCGGGAGGCGACGCAGGGGGCGGGGGGGGGGGCGACGCAGCGGGCGGGGGAUUGCAUCUUCGUGCCGUGGGGAUACGCGCACCAAGUCUCCUCCGCCUCGAGCGAGCUGUCGGUUGCGGUCUCCUUCCUGUGGGAGCGAGACGUGGCGUACGACCCGGCCGCAUGCGCCCGCGCGCCCACCGCGAUGCCGCUCCCGCUCCCGCUCCUGCUUCCGCUCUGGUGGUACUCGGGCGCCGGCGUGGUGCCUCUCGGGUACAACACUCUCUCGCAGACCCGCCAGCGCCUCCUCUCCGCCGUCGAGCAAACCGCCCGCAGGCGGCGCCUCCUCGACGCGGCUCUCUUCGCCCGCUGGUGGAGGGCAAAGCACGAGCGGGGCGGCGACUUGCUGACGGCGCGCCGCGGAGCCUCUUCGUGGAUUGUGACUCCGUUCUGA